UGUCUGAGGAGAGGCUCAGCGUGCUGCGACGCCGGCAGCCCGGCUCUGAAGCAGCGCGAGUUCCGGCCAGCGCCCGCUCCUCCCUGGUUGUCGGCCCACGUCGAGUCCCGCGUGGAGAUGGCAGAUGAUCUUGGAGACGAGUGGUGGGAGAACCAGCCGGCAGGAGCAGCCAGCAGCCCAGAAGCAUCAGAUGGUGAAGGAGGAGGAGACACAGCAAUGACGCAGCAGGAGACAGCUCCAGUUCCUGCCCUGUCAAAGAAAACCGAACAGCCUAAAGAAUGUUUCUUGAUACAACCAAAGGAAACAAAUGAAGAUGCCACCAAGACCAGGAAGAGGAAAAAGAAGAAAAUCACUGAUGUUCUUGCAAAAUCAGAGCCAAAACCAGGGACACCUGAAGACCUACAGAAGCUGAUGAAGGACUAUUAUAGCAGCAAUCGCUCAGUGAUUGAAUUAGAAGAACUAACCCUACCAGACUUCUGCUUCCUCAAGGCCAAUGAUUUGACUCACAGUCUUUCAUCAUAUCUAAAAGAAAUCUGCCCUAAGUGGGUGAAACUUCGGAAAAACCACAGUGAGAACAAAUCGGUCCUGAUGCUGAUUAUCUGUGGCUCUGCCAUCCGAGCCCUGGAGCUCAUUAGGUCAAUGACCGCAUUCAGAGGAGACAGCAAAGUCAUGAAAUUAUUCGCAAAACACAUAAAGGUCCAGGAACAGGUAAAAUUGCUGGAGAAGCGUGUGGUACACCUGGGUGUGGGAACUCCAGGGAGGAUUAAAGAACUCAUUAAACAAGGUGGCCUUAAUUUGAACCCCUUGAAGUUUCUGGUUUUUGACUGGAAUUGGAGAGAUCAGAAGUUGAGAAGGAUGAUGGACAUUCCCGAGAUAAGAAAGGAGGUUUUUGAAAUUCUGGAAAUGGGAGUCCUCAGCCUAUGCAAGUCAGAAUCUUUGAAGCUAGGCCUUUUCUAAGUCUGGGUCCUAAUGAAAAUUCCUGUUUUCAUGGUGGGAUUUGCAUGGCUCUGGCCCAUUGCAAGCAGUUGGUAAAUAUCAGCUAUUGUUUUAUUAAGUUGAUUGUAUCACCAGAUGGAUCACUGGGAAUCUUAGGUGGGGAUUCUUUUACAAAAAUGAAUCUGUCCUUUGCCAACUCCCUUGUAUAAUAAAGUAUCACUGGCUUGUGUG